AUGCCAGUUGCUCGUGUAUCGCGACUUGGGNCCAGGAAAACCUGUGAGAAAAUAUCGGACAAUUUCUUACUUGUGAGCGCAGAAAAAGCGAUUUACUUGUUGCCCCUCUCGUCCGGAGAGUUGAGCUACGCGUUGCCGGCAAGAGGUGUUAAUAAAACUAUAGCCUUGGAUUAUUAUCCUGCUGGGGAUUCAAUCGUUUGGUCGGAUUCCAUUUCCAAGAAGAUCAGUAUCAUCAUGCGGAAUGGAACUGAAACCAAAGAUAUUGUUCAGGAUAAUUUGGGUCUCGUAACGGGCGUGAGUUUUGAUUGGUUUACGGAGAAAAUUUACUGGAUCGACGCCGAAAGGAAAUUCAUCGAAGUCUGCGAGCUGGAUGGCGGGAAUCGCGGUCUGGUAAUCUGGGAAAAUCUUUCGUCUCCUGGUAGUUUAACUUUAUCUCCCUUGGACGGAUUGAUAAUCUGGAGUGAUCCCGGACAACAAGUUAUCGAGACCGCAGUUAUGGAUGGCUCACAGCGAACAGUGAUCAUCAAGCGAGCCAAAAAUGCCUGGAGUUUGACAGUCAUGAAGUGGCGUAACAAACGUAGCGUAUUCUGGGUAGACCGAGACUCCAACACUGUCGAGGCUGCAUUUUUAGACGGAAGUGAACGUAGAGUCAUAAUGGGCAAUGAACCGUCGAGGAGACCAUUUGCUGUUGAAUUGCUGAAUGGGAGAAUGUAUUGGAGUGACGCGAAUGACGGGCUGUUGAGAAGUGCGGAUUUGAAGGACUUGACCGCUGGGCGAUUCGACAAGGCGGAGGUGAUGGAUUUCACUGCUGCGAAUGGAGAUGUUGGGGUGGCGCUGAGAGGAUUCAGUGUCAGUGGGAAUGAAAAGAGAACUACGAUAACGAAUCCAUGUCGAGUUGGCAAAACGAAAUGCUCCCAUCUGUGUCUAUUAGCAUCCUCUGGAAAUUCAAAGCAAGGCGACGGGAGGCAAUUGCGCCCGAAAUGCGGCUGUCCCACGGGUUGGAGCCUUGGCCCGGACGGAUUUACUUGUCAGGAUUGGCAACAAAGGGAUACCUUAAUCGUUGCUAACAGGACUGAUAUACGGCUGAUUCCCCGUGGAUUGCCGUAUCACACUGACAUCGUAUUGCCUAUACAUUGUACGAUGAAGAACGUCGUUGGAAUCGAUGUGGACGCAGCCACCGGUAAUCGUGCUUUCUUCUCUUGA